AUGUGCAAACAGCUUCCUAUCUUCUUCAGCAAUUCAGCGCGCUCGAGCAACCAACACCAAGUGAACAACACAAUGAACUUUCCCCACAACUCGAGCAACGUCACCGGCCCGUACUGGCCCGUGCCCCUCCCGGCCGGCUACGCGGUCUGCAACACGGACAACGACACGGUGACGGACGCGUGCUGCCGGAAGCUCAACGGCGCGAUCUACGAGUUCAACCCCGCCGCGUUUGGCCAGCCGCCUGCAAUGGACUGGCAUCACUGCCUCAUCAUCCCGCCCAAGGACUCCCAGCCGUACUUUGUGGGCACGGAGGAGGCGUGGUCGAUCUGCACCAACGAGAACCGCACCAAUGGCAGCUACGGCAUGAAUCGGUGCAUAAACGGCGCUGGGCGGAAGGCUUCCCUCGGGCUCGUCGGACUCGUUUGGGUCGCUGUGGGCUUCGUCCUUGCUGUGUAG